AUGGCAGAUGAUAGUAGUGUUGCUUCUGGGACCCAAGUUCCCAUUACAGUGACCAAUACUAAUCAUAAUGAGUUUAACAAUACCUCUCAUCCUUACUUCAUCUCACCAUCAGACUCUCCUGGCACACUGCUAACCAAUGCAGUGUUUGAUGGGAGAAGUUUUGGUGGAUGGAAGAGAGGUAUGUGGAUAGCCUUGACAGCAAAAAAUAAAUCUGGCUUUGUUGAUGGUUCAUCCCCAAAAUCAAGUGCAGGAACUGAUAAACACAGAGCUUGGUCUAAGGCCAACAACAUGGUUAUUUCUUGGCUUUUAAAUUCUCUAUCUAGAGAAAUUUCAGAAAGUGUUCUCUAUUACUCUACUGCUAAAGAUAUAUGGACAGAGCUGGAAGCCAGAUUUGGCCAAAGCUCAGGUGCUAGGCUCUUUCAACUCCAAAAGGAGCUUAGUGACUUAACCCAAGGUGCUUCUGAUAUUGCUUCCUAUUUCACCAAGAUGAAACGACUCUGGGAUGAGUUGGAUACCUUGGACUCUUUUUCACCAUGCCUUUGUGUUUGUUCCUGUGGAGCAAAACAAAAAAAUAUCAAGUUCAAACAAGAUGAAAGAUUGCUUAAGUUUUUGAUGGGUUUGAAUGAUACUUAUUAUGGUGCAAGAGGAAAUAUUCUCAUGAUUUCACCUCUGCCCACUGUAUCAAAUGCCUAUGCACUACUAAUUCAAGAGGAAAAACAAAGAGAGGUCCAAAACACACCUAAAUUUCCAGGGGAAUCAUCCUCUUUUGUUGCUGCAAAUGCAAAUAAUGGAAACAAGACCUUUACCACUGAUUUUAGGACACAAAGGCAAACUUAUGAGAAUAAGAAAUCUGGGAUGGUUUGUAAAUAUUGCAAGAAAACAGGACAUCUGAUUGAUAAGUGCUAUAAACUACAUGGUUUUCCCACUAACUUCAAGUUUACUAAGCAAAGUAAUUUUCAGAAUAAUGUACAAGGAAAUGUUGUCUCAUCAAAUGAUUAUUCUGGGGAAAUUUUUGCUAACAACACAGAUGAAGAUGAAGGAGUUCAGGGAAAACCCUUAUCUACUAAACAACUUGCUCAGGUUAUGCAGAUGCUGCAAGACAUGAACAAAGAUGAUCAAGGUCCUACCUCUGAAGUCACUGCAUCUGCUAACUGCACUGGUAUAAAAUUCACUCCUAGUCCAUUUUCCUUAAAUUCCAAAAUGUAUUCCAAGGGCCCUUCAAUGAAGAGCCCAAUAAUGCAGCUUGGUGAAGAACAGAAUGGCCUCUAUGUCCUCAAAGAUACAAUUCUAACUGUUCCAUCUUCUAACAGUCUUAUUUCUAGUCUUUCCAGUUCUAAAUUUUAUUCACAGAAGGAUAUAUCAUCCAUUUUAUCUUGUAGUUCGAUUUCUGAUGUUCAAAGCCAAUUAUGGCAUGUAAGGAGUUUUGGAUGUUUUGCUUUCACCUCUACACUGUCACAAGGUAGAUCAAAAUUGGACCCUAGAGCUGAGCCAUGUGUUUUUCUUGGAUACCCAUUUGGAAAAAAAGGAUAUAAGUUGUUUAGUCUCAAAACCAACAAGGUUCUUGUUUCUAGAAAUGUUAUCUUUUAUGAAAAUAUUUUUCCAUUUGCUUCCGCUACUUCUACUAUGCCUCUGUUUCCUUUGGUUCCUCAUAUUCCUCCUAUAGAUUAUGCAAAUGAUACUCCUCUCACUAUUCAAGAAAAUGUCAAUGUCCUACCUUCUGCUAGUCAUCCUUCUAUAACUACUUCUCCCUCAGUUUCUCCUAGUUGUUCAUCUUCUCCUAUCUCUACUCUCCCCACUGAUGUUUUAGAAUCUGAUAACCCUGCUAUUUCUACCAUUUCCAAUGCUCUCAGAAGAUCCAUUAGGUCAGUCCAUACUCCUGCCUACUUGGAAGAUUAUGUUUGCAACAGUAUCCAACUCUCUAAUGUAUCAAAUUUCUGUUUUACUCCACCUGAAAAAUCUCCUAUUGCUUUUGCUGCCCUAUCUAAUCCUAACUAA